GGCGAUUUUAUACAAGCGCAUAACGCGUCAUAGCACUUAAAGUUAGUUAUCGAUGAACGGAAUUAUCAAAUUUAAUAUUUAAUUGAAUGCAUAAAGUUUUUAUUGAUAAAGGUGAGAAAUUAGAAUUCAUCUUUCAUAGCACGGUGGUUUUUUUUCGGGUACGAUUUGCUAUGCCACUCAAAUACUGCUAUCUAAUACCGGCUGCUCAAGCUGUAAUUUAUACCGUUGCAUUUCCAGUUACGUACGUGUUGGGUGCGUUCGUUUAUAAGGAUAUUCCAGCGGUGUUUCCAUACAUUAGCGACACAGGAGUUUAUUCGUUGCAAAGAUGCAUAUUCACUGCGACACUAUGUUCUGGAUCGAUUUUAAUGACUAUAUGCCUCUACAUCCGAUACAGGCAAAUAAAAGAGAUACUACAAAGAGAUAAGACGGCCUCACCAAAAUUAGUAAAACUGAAUGAGGCGUCGAUAUAUAUGUGUUUCUUGUCUCUUGUUGGUGUUUUCUCAGUGGGUUGCUUUCAAGUGAACCCGUUCCUAAUUCCCCAUUUAACGGCGGCCCUUAUAGGUUUUCUGUUUGGUUGGAUUGUUAUCGGGAUACAGACGUACUUUUCCUUCAAACUGUAUCCCUUAAAUGAGGCGAAAGUGUUGAACUAUGUUCGCCUUUUCCUCCUUAUUAUAAUAACUGUGAGUAUGUGCUUAGUUUUCCUGUUUGGAGUCCUGUCCUUUGUUUUCUUUAAAGGAGAAGACCUCACCCAAUGGACCGAAAACUCUGGUGGAUAUCAGUUCCAUUUAAUAAGCUCCAUAAGCGAAUGGUUUCUCGUUUAUGGGAUGAUUUAUUAUAUUGCGCUUCAUACCAUAGAUUUUAAAUCACUUGUUUUAAAUAAGCCACAAAUUAAAAUAAUAAAUGCUUAGUGGUUCAA